GAAUGGGUGGUAACAAGAGGAGGAAGAGUGGGAGCCGAAUGGGAUGUGAGAAAAUGGAAGAAUGAGAUAGACAAAGAAGUGAAAUGUGUGGGACUGAAUGAAUGGAAGAAUGAGUUGGAAAGAAAGAAGACCCUGGAAUGGUACAAGGAGAAAGAGGCCCCGAGGUAUGAAAGGUGGUAUGAUGGAAGCCUGGGCGGUGAUCUUCUCUUCCGAGCGAGGGCACAGUGUAUGGAUGUGAAUGCAAGGAGUUACAGGUGGUCUGAGUCCCGCAGCAAAGUGUGCCAGAUGUGUGACAUGGGAGAGGAUGAGACGGUGGAACAUGUGGUGCUGGAGUGUGUGCAGUAUGCCAGAGACAGGAAUGAGAUGAUGCAAGUGAUACUGACUGAGUUAGGGCAUGAUAGGAAUGAAAGAGUGGAGAAGACAGGAAAGGAAUGGAUGGUGUUGUUGCUGGGACUGUGUAGAGAGGCCAAUGAAAGGAUGAUUGAGGCGGUGAAAGAGUUUCUGGAGAGAAUGUGGCGUGCCAGGUGUAUGAACAAUUAGGAUAGAGGAUGCUGUUCGUUUCUCUUUUUUUUUCCCCUUUCUACAGGAGUUGCCGAUCCAAAGGCCUGGCUCAGGAGUGAUCCUGUGCCACCUGUACCAUCAAGAUCAAGAUCAAGAUCCUUGACUGGACUGAACUAAGUAAAAGCCUACCAGCAUGAUUCGUCUGGGAGCACCUCGCAUGGAUCCCGCAGAAGAGAGGAAACGGGCACAGGAGGAAGAGAGGAUGGCUCGAGUGGCAUUAUAUUCAAAUAUUGCAACUUUCCUCGCCACGGUGGGACUAAUUCGAGCAGCACCUUACAUUGUGGACCACUUCUUUUGAAGAGGAAGGCUGGAUGGACAGUUUCCGAAGCAGUACAUACUUCAAGAUGCUGUUUGAUAAACAUAUUGGAAUAUUUUUCCUGUUCUCUAUUCUCUGUGUAUAUGGUAUACUAUGAAUUACUGUUUUCAUGUAUAUAUUCACAAUUUAAGUAAAAAAAUUUGACC